UCUCAUUGGCAGUUUCGCUCAAUUUCGGUUUUGUGACGUCACACCUCUUCUAAAAUGAGCAACGCUUUUUUACUCUAGAUAAAGACAAAAAAAAACAGAAAUCUAUCAAUCCCUGGGUGGGGUUUUCCUUUUUUCUCCACCCUUCCAGCCCAUUUCUUCGUCUCCCCUCCUGCUCCUGCUCCUCCUCCUCCUCCAGCAGCAGCGGCAGCGGAAGGCAACUAUUUGCCCGGGACACAUACGUGAGCUUCCUCAAAUUGGCGCGCUAAUCCUAAAAGGAGCCAUGAAGUGUUAAAUGGCAGAAAGAGGCAGAGCGGCGCUCAGACUCACGCACGCCGGGAGAGAGGCUGGGAACACCGCUGCUGCUCCACUGCGUCACAUCGAAGGGGAACACAUAAAAAAAAAAAAUACACCCAAACUUCUCUUCCGAAGCAACUCGGCGCUGCGCAAGUAGUGCGGAGCCCCGGCUGUACUUUCCUUCUUCUUUUUUUUAAUUUCCUCACAUCCAAAUAAAUAAAGAAAUCAAGCUGGCUCAGUGCGUGUCUCAACAGCCCACUUUGACAGGUGCUCCUCACCCCCUUUGGAGGACUGUCAACAGCAAGAGGAUGGCAUCAGAGCUGGCAAUGAGCAACUCCGACCUGCCCACCAGUCCCCUGGCCAUGGAAUAUGUUAAUGACUUCGAUCUGAUGAAGUUUGAAGUGAAAAAGGAGCCGGUCGAGCCCGAUCGCACCAUCAGCCAGUGCAGCCGCCUCAUCGCCGGGGGAUCCUUGUCUUCCACGCCGAUGAGCACGCCCUGCAGCUCUGUGCCCCCCUCCCCGAGCUUCUCGGCGCCCAGUCCGGGCUCGGGGAGCGAGCAGAAGACACACAUAGAGGACUUCUACUGGAUGUCCGGUUACCAACAGCAGCUCAAUCCAGAGGCGCUGGGGUUCAGCCCCGAGGACGCGGUCGAGGCGCUCAUCAACAGCAGCCACCAGCUCCAGUCGUUCGAUGGCUACGCCAGAGGCCAGCAGUUCGCGGGCGCAGCCGGCCCGGGGGGCGCCAUGGCCGGGGAGGAGAUGGGCUCCGCCGCGGCGGUAGUGUCGGCGGUCAUCGCUGCGGCCGCCGCUCAGAACGGGGCUCAGCACCACCACCACCAUCACCACCACAACCACAGCGGGGCCGGGGGAGGUGGAGGAGGGGGCGGCGGAGGCGGAGGUGGCGGACACCACCACCACCACCAGGCGCCGGGCAUCCAGUCCAACGGCGUCUCCGGGACAAAUCACCACCCGCACAUGCGCCUGGACGACCGCUUCUCAGACGAGCAGCUGGUCACCAUGUCCGUGCGGGAGCUCAACCGGCAGCUGCGGGGGGUCAGCAAGGAAGAAGUGAUCCGGCUCAAGCAGAAGAGGAGGACCCUCAAGAACCGAGGCUACGCACAGUCGUGUCGCUUCAAGCGCGUCCAGCAGCGGCACGUCCUGGAGGGCGAGAAGACGCAACUGGUGCAGCAAGUGGAGCACCUCAAGCAGGAGAUCUCCAGGCUGGUCCGGGAGAGGGACGCGUACAAAGAAAAGUAUGAGAAGCUCAUCGGCAACGGCUUCAGAGAAAGUGGCUCGAGCAGCGACAACAACCCUUCAUCUCCGGAGUUUUUCAUGUCAUCCAGAAAAUUCCUCCAUCUGUGAUUUCAAGCCCCAUUCCUCCUCGCCCUUGGUUACCUGAGACAACUCCACAAGUGAGCAGUGAGGACAUCAGAGCGGCUGGCCAAUCGCAUGAAGACACCAACAAAGCACAACAUUCAAAAAUGUCUUCGCCGGGGGAGGAAGACAGACCGGCUGAUAGCCCUCCAAAUUGCUACUUUUGACUCUUCCCUGAUAUUUUGCUUCCAGCUUUUUUUUUUCUACAAAACCUGAAAAAGGGGAAAAAAGA